AUGGCCAAGCAGUACGACGUGCUCUUCCGCCUGCUGCUGCUCGGCGACUCGGGCGUGGGCAAGACCUGCCUGCUCUGCCGCUUCACCGACAACGAGUUCCACCCGGCGCACAUCUCCACCAUCGGGGUCGACUUCAAGAUGAAGACCAUAGAAGUGGACGGCAUCAAGGUGCGGAUACAGAUCUGGGACACGGCAGGCCAGGAGCGCUACCAGACCAUCACCAAGCAGUACUACCGGCGGGCACAGGGCAUCUUCCUGGUGUACGACAUCAGCAGCGAGCGCUCCUACCAGCACGUCAUGAAGUGGGCCAGUGACGUGGAUGAGUACGCGCCAGACGGUGUGCAGAAAAUCCUCAUCGGCAACAAGGCGGAUGAGGAGCACAAGAGGCAAGUGGCCAAAGAGCAAGGUCUGCAGCUGGCCCGCGAGUACGGCAUGGACUUUUAUGAGACAAGUGCCUGCAGCAACCUGAACAUCAAGGAGUCCUUCACGCGGCUCACGGAGCUGGUGCUGCAGGCGCACCGCAAGGAGCUGGCGGGGCUCCGUGCUGCCGCGGCGCCCGCGGACCUGGCACGCCUCGAUGAGGACGAGCUCCCGCCGGCGGGCGCCGAGGAGGCGCCCAAGGCCUGCUGGUGCUGAGGCGACCCCACCGCGGCACCUGCCUCCCUCCUCUUCCUCCUGCCCGGCUCACGGCUCCCAUCCACGAUGGGGACAGGGCACCCCGGGGGCCGGGCCAUGCAUGUGGAGGAGAGCCAGGCGCGGGCAAGGAAGGGGCUGCUCUCGGUGCCGCCUCCUUCCCGGGGCAGC